ACCCCCAUUUCUACCAUCUACACCAUUCUCUAUUUUGAGCUAAGAGUAUGAUUGAAGAAGCAAAGUAGUAGUAACUGAACAAGAAACAAUGAGUGGCAUAGCGUUGACACCCACAGCUUUCAAUCCCAUAAUCCCAUCUUCAUCUUCUUCUUCUUCAUCUCUCAAAUCUCACAAAUUCAUCAAAACAAGAACCAAACUCACACAAUUCAACAACAACGCUAUUUCAAUUUCCUCAGACCCAUUCCUUCUCAACCUCGCAGAAACAUUAGAAGAUUCCAUCCCUACACCACAACCUCUCCAGAAUCUUCGAGAAGCUUCCUCAGAAUCACUUCUCUCAACUCCAUGGCCUUCUCGAAGAGACGAACCCUUUCGUUUCACAGACCUUUCCUUCCUUCGCUCUUCCCAUAUCCUACCCGCCCCAAUCCCAACCACAACCACCACCACCGUUACGCCGCCAUUCUCCGAUGAUGAUGAUAAAUUCCCUUGCCACAUCAGCUUCAUCGACGGUCAUUUCAUAAACUCAAUGUCGAAAAAUUUGGAAUUUCCAGAUGGGGUUUACGUUGGUAGUUUAUUGAAUUUGAGUGGUAAAGUUGCUGAAAGGGUUUUAGAAUUGGUUUCUGGAUUGGACGGUGGUGAUUUGUUUUGGUCGAUUAAUGGUAUGGCUGCACCUGAUUUGAUGGUGGUUUAUGUGCCCGAGGGUGUUCGAGUUGAAAAUCCGGUUCAUUUGGGUUAUUUAUCCUUGCUGGGUAGUAAGGAUGGUUCCAAAGAUUUGUAUAUUUCGAAUCCGAGGGUUUUGGUUGUGGUGGAGAAAGGUGGAGAGGUUGAUAUAGUUGAAGAGUUUUCUAAUGAUGAAGAGAAUGAGAAUGAGUUUUAUUGGAGUAAUGCUGUUUUGGAGGUUGUGAUUGGGGAAGGUGGUAAGGUUAGGCAUUCUUAUAUUCAGACUCAGUCAUUGCUUGCUGCACAUAUCAAAUGGACUUCCGUUCGUCAGGAGUCAUCUAGUACAUAUGAGCUUACAGAGGUAAGCACAGGAGGCAAACUAGGAAGGCACAAUCUUCAUAUCAAACAACUAGGUCCAGACACGGUGACAGAGUUAUCUACUCUACACUUGUCUGUUGGUAAUCAAACACAGGAUCUUCACAGUAGUCUUGUAUUGGAUCAUCCAAGGGGUUUUUCCCGUCAGCUUCAUAAGUGCAUCGUAACUCAUUCACAGGGACAAGCAGUUUUUGAUGGAAACGUUAAGGUUAACAGGUAUGCUCAGCAGACAGAUGCAGGACAAUUAACAAGAAGCCUUCUUCUUGAACCUCGUGCAACUGUAAAUGUUAAACCAAAUCUCCAAAUCAUCGCUGAUGAUGUAAAGUGUUCCCAUGGAGCUGCAAUAAGUGACUUGGAACAGAGCCAACUCCUGUAUUUCCAAGCACGUGGCAUUGAUUCAGCAACAGCUAGAAGGGUUCUAAUUUUUGCCUUUGGAGGGGAAGUGAUAGAUAAGUUUCCUUAUUCUUCUGUUAGAGAUAGAGUACGAAGUCAGAUUAAAAGUUUAUUGGAUCCAUCUCCUAAAUUAGCACCAUUAUAGGUAUGUGCCAAAUGUUAACACAUAAUAUUAGGUUGCUUGGUAAAAAUAUAUAUCGAAAUGAAAAAUAUAUUUUUACUUGUCAUGGUUUUUAACCAAUUCCUACAAAAUGAAGUGUCUACUCCGACACUUAUUUAACAAUUGGUGCUUUCAUCCCCUUGUACUUGUUGUAUUUAUGAUAUUUUUUUUUUUUGUUUUAUUUGCAAUUUGCAAAAUACAUUUAUCAGGUGAGUAAAAAAUCCACAGUUAAAAACAUUUACUUCGCCGCCCUAAGUUCACCCAUGGUUGUAUUGGCAUCACUAAUAAGCAGGGAGUUGGGGCAUGGUUGGUUUGCACUAUGCUUGCUAUUUUUGUGCUGUGUACCUCAAUGAACAGAAUGUGUACGCGUUUUUGUAUGUAGUCCGCAUACCUCAAUGAACAGACUGUGUUCGACGAUGUAAGCUUAACAUUUCUAUUUUUUUAGUAUAGAAAAGUAGUGAGUAGUAAUUGGGCAUUUCACCGGAAA